AUGGCGAUUUUGAUUUCUCCUCUUGUCCUACUUCUCAACACUACCCUCACAAACCCAAUGACGCUCCCUACAAUGAACACAUUACUAUUGCAUGCCACCCUCUGCAGGGGAUUUAUCCAAAUAUCUCAAGGAGACCUGGAUGCAUUCCAUGUGGCAUGGAGAGUGGUAUUGCCUCACAUACCUGAGUCUGUUGAUCAGACACCCAGUCCUCCCCUUGACAACACUGACAAAGAGGGACCUCCCACUCAAACCAAUGAGGGACCUUCCACUUCCACUCACACUGAUGAAAGGCCUUCCACUCAAACUAAUGCUGAGCCUUCCACUUCCACUCACACUGACAAAGGGCCUUCCACUCAAACUAUGCCAAGCUUCCACUUCUACUCACACUGA